AAUCACAAUGCAUUUAUUGACGCUAAUUGUAUAUAUGUGGUGAAACAUAUUGCAUUUUGCAUUUGUAAUUUUAAUCAAGUGAAGUAAUUUAGAAGAUUUGUAAAUAAACUAAUUAUUACAUAUACAAGUUCAAGUUAAAACUCAAUUUGUAAGUUUAAAAUAUACCAUGUAAUGAAGUUGAGUGUAUUUAGUUAUUUUCGAUAUUCCUCGUGCUAGCGUUUGGUAUACAAUAGUCAAGUACCUACUUUGUUUAAAACUGACAAGAAAGAUUUAAUUAGCUUUCAAUAAUAGCAGUGCAAUAAACUUUAUUAUCGGUCAAAUUGGCUGGCCAGUCUCAUUUGAGACUCACGGAAUAUAAGAUUUUAAAAUAAUGCGAGAAUUUAAAGUGGUUGUGUUGGGUUCGGGCGGUGUCGGCAAGUCUGCCCUUACUGUCCAAUUCGUUUCCGGGUGCUUUAUUGAAAAGUACGAUCCCACCAUUGAAGACUUCUACCGAAAAGAAAUCGAGGUAGACAAUUCACCGUGCGUAUUGGAAAUAUUAGAUACCGCUGGUACAGAACAGUUUGCAUCAAUGAGGGAUUUAUAUAUAAAAAAUGGACAUGGAUUUAUUGUAAUGUAUUCGUUGACAAACCAUCAAACUUUUCAGGAUAUAUCAAGCAUGAAAAAUGUCAUAACAAGAGUUAAGGGAAGUCAACCGGCCCCAAUUUUACUAGUCGCAAAUAAAAUUGAUUUAGAUUGUCAAAGAGAAGUUUCUACUGAGGAAGGUACGGAGUUAAGAUAUAAUUAUAUACUGAUUUAUUUAUGUACUAUAACAUAUUUAUUAUUAGGAAACGCUCUCGCUCGACAAUGGGACUGUCCGUUUAUUGAAGCAUCAGCAAAAGAUAGAAUAAACGUAAAUGAAGUGUUUGCAACUAUAGUACGUGAAAUGAAUAUGACACAGGAAAAACGCCAGAAAAAAAGUUACUGUUGUUGUACACUUUUAUAGAAAUAUUAAAAAACGUAUUAAUAUAAAAUUAGCUCAAAAGUGUACGAGUAAUUGUAUUAUUUUACUUUAAUAUAUUUUGCUCUUAACUUACACUGAUUUUCCAAGGCCAUGCAAAAUAUACGUAUAUGAAGGUUAUUUGUAUAACAUUAACGAAAGACUGGAAAUUCUUUAAAAUAAUAUAAACACUUAAAUAUCAACAUUGACUACCAGAGUCAUGAUUAGAAGAGUUUAAAAAGUGUAUGCGAGAAGUAGAAAUCUAAAUUUGAUAAGUGAAAAAUAAAAUUUGAAAAUUAAGGGAAAUAAUUCAA